AUGCUCUACCUAAUUUUGAUGGUUACAGUCGACUUCGGAGAUGAGCAAGUCUCUUCGUGCAUACGUCUGCAUACACUGAUCCUGGCAGUCAGACCCGUGCUAAUCGCCGGGACCGCGUACACCGCAAUUUUCGGGAACCUCAUAAGCCUCAACACGGUGCCUACGCGCAACGCCGUUCUGGUCAACCUCGGCUGCAACGCCACCCAGUGUGCCGUAAGCUGGUGGAGUUGGGCGAUGAUGGCGCUGCCCGCGGCCCUCACCUGCUGCCUCAUCUGUUGGAUUUACGCCUGCUGUGCCAGCCUGGUCACCUGCGACGAAGAAGUCGAGGAGCAGACGCACGCAGACAUGUCCAACUGCGCUCGAGCGCGCAACGAUCGCAGCUAG